AUGGUAGAAUAUAACCCUCCUGCACCUACAAUUAUACAAUGUGCCGCUACACUCAAAAAGGCAAUGACAGAGGUCCAAAAACUACAUGCCGAACAACAGGUUCGAGAUGCCCUUAAUACGCGUAAUGGUCCUGCGUCUACAGCUGUACAUCUUCUGCCAAUAAAUUCAGAUAUACGCGUAUGGAGGGAAGGAAACACCGGCUAUGCAGGAGAGUGGAAAGGCCCGUACAAAUUACUAAGUGCUGAGGGCGAGACGUGCACAAUUCAGUUUCCAGAUGAACCAAAGCAAUUCCGUACAACUAUUCAUAUAAAUGAAGAGCCUAAGACAUCUUUAGGCACAAACUCAACACCACCCACACCUCAAGACGACGAGCCAGACACAUCUACACCCCAGCCAAGGCCUGCACAACGCCCCCAACGAAAUCGGCAAUUACCAGCCCGAUAUCGAGAUGACCUCAUACAAUCGGUAUUCGCUCAAUUCGACCAAUCACAAGAGAAAGAGAUCAACGGCCUAUUAGAAAAUGGUGUAUUCGAAGUGAUCAAAGUAGACGAUAUCCCAAAAGGCACCCGAAUCUUCAAUUCACGGUUCGUCAACGAGAUAAAGAAUCAGGGCACCGAUAAGGCCUUUGAAAAGUCGCGACUAGUUGUACAAGCCUACAAUAAUAAAGGGAAAGAGAUCUCAACUACGCCCCUCGCUCGCAACUUUUAUAUACAACUCCCUCCCAAACUCGUGCACCUGUUCCCUCCAGGCACAAUAUUGAAAGUUGUCAAGCCUUUGUACGGCAUCCCUGAAGCAGGUAAUCAUUGGUUUCGAACCUAUCACAUACAUCACAUGGACAAACUUAAUAUGACAACAUCCACCUACGAUCCAUGCCUCUUGCACUACAUUAACCAGUCACAAGGAUUUGGCAUUCUUACACCUUCGAACCCGUUAAAAUUCAACGGUGGCCUUAUUACGGAGGAUGUCCAGGGUAUUACCCUCACCCAGGAACGCACUUGUAAGCUCAUACAGCCUGUACAAGAUCGAUAUGCGGAUACAACGAGUUCCCGAGGCAAGGUCCGAAAGGACGUAUCGCCGCAGGAACAAUAUGUGGCUCAACGCGCACUUGGAGCCUACAUUGCUUCCGUAUCGCAGCCUGAGGCUUCUUUUGAUCUAUCAUUUGCUGCCCAGAUCACAAAUCCAGGAAAGACGACAUCAAGUCACUUAAUAAACGCCUCCAAUGGCAACUUGAUAAUGCUGAACGCGGAUUACGCUUUCUUUGUUAUUGUUCUCGCAGAUGCCGCAAAUAACGCAAAUAUUGUGCACUGGUCCUCAAUCAAGUACAAGCGCGUCACAAGAAGUGUACUUACUUCUGAACUUUAUGCCAUGGUUCACGGCUUCGAUUCGGCUGCGUCAAUCAAAUCAACAACAACGCAACUUCUACAUCUUACCAAGCCCCUACCCCUUGUUAUCUGCACUGACUCGAAGAGCCUGUAUGAAUGUCUCGUCAAAUUAGGCACUACCCAAGAAAAGCGUCUAAUGAUUGACCUCAUGUGCCUCCGACAGUCAUACAAGCGCCAAGAAAUUGCAGAGAUCAAGUGGAUUGACGGUGAAAGCAAUCCAGCCGAUGCCAUAACAAAGAGCAAACCAUGUCGCGCUUUACAGGCACUUAUCGACACAAAUAAGCUUAAUAUCAAUGUGGAUGGAUGGGUGGAAAGGUCUACAACCCCUCCAACAAAAGCUAUACCAAUUUCUUUGCUUUGUCAAUCCUGUACCGCUCGUCGUCCUAUCCCUAUUUCUUAGAGAGUUGCCAGUGUCGGAACGUGAAUAUCAAACCUAGCGCGUUUCGGCACUGGAUAUCAGUUAGUCUAACGCGGCACGUGCGUGCCGCGUAUAUAUGUAGUUAGCCACUCCCCGUCCCCCUUACUCUUGGGGGGCAGUCAUCAAUAUCAGGAAUUCCAUACCAUAUUGAUCAGG